AUGGAAUUAUCAAAAACCAUUAGAAUAUAUUUAGUUGCUUUUUUAAUAUUAUUGAUUGUUACACUAAUUAUUGUUUCUUUGUCUGCAUUUUUUCAAUCACAAUGGCUUAUGUAUUUUCUUGAAGUUAGAAACCCAGAUGCAUUAUUUUAUUUUGAUCGGAAUUGUAAAACAAAAGCAAUAGCUUUAACUUUUGAUGACUCUCCUUCAGGAGGCACAAAAUAUCUUCUUCAAGUUCUUAAAAGAAAUAAUGCGACUGCAACUUUCUUUAUGUUAGGAAAUAAACUUCAAAUGUUAAAUGGGUCAUAUCGUUAUUAUCCAAAAUUUCGAGAAGAUAUUUUACGUAAUGGAAAUGAUGUUGGGAAUCAUAUGUUUAACAAAUUUGCAGCAUAUAAAAUGACUAUGGAAGAAUUUGAAGAACAAGUAAAAAAAACUGACGCUUUAUUAAAAUUGGGAUAUUUGCAAAAUAAUAAGUAUAAUUGGUUCAGACCGGCGUCAUUCUUUCCUUUGGGAUAUAUGUACGAAAUACUUGAUAAAUACAAUUAUACUAUGGCACUUGGUACUGUUCAUUCUUUUGAUUUUCAAAUUAGAAAUACCCAAUAUAAUCUUUUUAGUUUAUUAGGUAGAAUUAAACCAGGUGAUAUAAUUAUUUGUCAUGACACACUUGAAACUAUUGAGUAUAUUGAACAAAUGAUUAUAUAUCUUAAACAUCAAGGUUAUAAGGUUCUUUCUCUUAGUGAUAUGUCAAAAAAAUGUUCAAGUCCAUUCUUAAAACAAAAUAAUGGUUUUUAA